UGCAGCCAAACAAUUAUAGUAGGUUCCUGCCAGUUUUGGCAGAUUGAUCAAUCAGUUGACCUUAUAUCAUAAUAGUUUGCCUCUGGCAAUAUUAUCCUGAUCGUACAAUCUUCUUCGACUCCUUAUCAAAAUCAAUCCAUUAAACUAUUGUUAAUUUAUAAUUAAUUUAUAUCCCUCGAAGCAGAUUUGGUUCUUUUUCUCUGUUUCUGCAUAUUUAAACAGUACGUAGUUUCUACUUUCUGUGAAUCUUUGUUCCUUCCACAUCAUCAAAAAACAGCCGAAUCAAUGGGGAAGUUGAGCUAUUUGGCUGUGAAAUCUGACCCGGUAGCGCUUGAAUUGACCUCUUCCAACUUUAACGAUUUGGGAGAUGUGGCUAAGAAGUUAGCUAAUCAUGCCAUCACUCUUAUUGGCCUUGGAUUCGGAACUUCCUUUCUCAAAUGGCUGGCUUUUAUUGCUGCUGUUUACUUUUGUUGAUAUUGGACCGAACCAACUGGAAGACCAACAUCCUCACAUCCCUCCUUAUCCUUUACAUCUUCUUGAGCCUUCCUAAUAUAUUGUUCCACUUGUUUAGGUAAUUUGAAGUCAUUUCUCCCUUUUUUCCUUUGCCUUUCUUACUUCUAGAUUAUCUGUAGAAUUCAGGGUUGAUUUCAUUCUUCAAAUCGUUGAUGAUGCAGGGGAGAAUUGGAAAAUGGAUUGAUAUAAUUGCAGUCACUCUACGCCUCUUCUGCCUGCCAGAUUUUAGAUGC